GUGUUUCUGCACUCGCUGGUCCGGGACCCCCAGGGCCGCAAGAUGAGCAAAUCCCUGGGCAACGUCAUCGACCCCCGUGACGUCAUCGGGGGCGCCACGCUGCAGCGCCGUCAGUUCCCGCAGGGCAUCCCCGAGUGCGGCGCCGACGCCCUGAGGCUGGCACUGAGUGCACACAAUGCUCAUGGCCCCGAGGUCCGGGUGGGCGUGGCCUCGGUGCUGACCCAGCGCCGCUUCUGCAACAAAAUCUGGAACGCGCUGGGGUUCGUGCUGAGGGCGCUGGAGGGGCAGGGGGACCCCCCAAAGCCCCCCGAGGAGGUGGUGCCCGAGGCCCCCAUGGACCGCUGGCUGCUGUCCCGCCUGGCCGCGGCCGUCACCGAGUGCUGGCGCCGCCUGGAGGCGCUGGAGGUGCACUGCGCCCUGGCGGCCGUGCAGGGCUUCUGGCUCAGGAGCUUCUGCGACGUCUACCUGGAGGUGGCCAAGGCGUCCCUGCAGCGCCCCGAGCUCCGGGCGGGCUCCAGGGCCGCGCUGUUGGCCGGGGCCGAGCUGGGGCUGCGCCUCCUGGCCCCCUUCGCCCCCUUCGUGGCCGAGGAGCUGUGGCAGCGCCUGCCCCGCCCCCGCCCCGCCCCCCCCACGCUCUGCUCCGCCCCCUUCCCCCAGCCCCGGAGGGUGUCCCACUGGCGCUGCCCCGAGCUGGAGGCUCAGGUGUCGGCCAUGUUGGAGCUGGUCCGGGCCGUGCGGGGGCUGCGCGAGAACUUCCGGGUCAGGGGGUCAGCCCGACCCCCAGUGCUGCUGCAGUUCCCGGAGCCAGCUCCUGAUUGGCUGGAGCCCCUCGGCCCCGCCUUCCGGACUCUCUCAGGGGCGGGGUCUGUGGAUCUCCUCCCCUUGGGGGCGGAGCCUGGGCCGGGCUGGGCGGGGGCUCCCGCGGGUUCCGGAACCUUCGUGCACCUGCGCAUCCAGGGCCUGGUGGACCCCGACGCCGCCCGGGCCCAGCAGCAGCACCAGGCCCGAGAGGAGCUGGAGCGGAGCCUGGAGGGGCUGGAGACCCCCGGGGACCCCAAAGGGACCCCCAAAAACACCCCGGGACCCCACCCCUCUUUUUUAAAAUAAAUGAAUUAAAAAUUAUUUAUGCGAUAAAUAAAGUGAAUAAAAUGAAA